AUGUCUUACAACGGGCGCAUGAGCAUGGCGCGAACAACGCAGCAUAAUCAGCGGGCACCGCCGGCAAACGAGCACGAUGCUUUCAUGACACUGCCCGACCACGAAAUCGCAGGUUGCAUCUCGGAUAUUGGCAUCCAAUUCACCGUCUCGGACCUGCAGAAGCCGAACCCCCAAAUCAUCCAGAAGGUCUUCGAAUGGCUAGCUGAAUUACUUAUGAACACAACCCGCGAGGUUGUUGCACCGGCGAUGCGCGCCGCUGCCGAAGAUAUGUGUGGUGGUGAUGCGGAUAGACUCUACACCAGCGACACGAGGGAUCUAAUGGCCUUCUUCGUCAUUCUCAGGAAACUCCUACGCGAGUGCGGAAUCCAUGACUUCACAUUCAACGACCUUUACAAGCCCACCCAUGGUCGCCUCGUCAAGAUCUUCUCCUACAUGAUCAAUUUCAUCCGCUUCCGCGAGUCACAAACCGAGAUUAUCGACGAACAUUUCAACAAGGCGGAACGCACAAAGCUACGAAUCGAACAGCUCUAUGACGACAAGCAAAUCAAGGAGCAGCAGCUCGCUGACCUUGAGCGCAACCGUGCGGCGACGCAAAGGCUGAUGCAGGAGAAGGAGAAGCGCAACAAUGAGCUCAAGACCAGAUUGUUGGAACUAAAGAGGGGCCAAGAGGCAGUUGCAGAGAAGCUUGAACGUGCCAAAGCCGAGCAGGACAGGCUGAAGAAGCUUUUGCAACAAAGGGUGGAGAACAAGGAGAACGUCCAGCGUGAGGUGAUCAAGCUGAAGCCAUACACACAGCAAAGCCCAACGGCUUUGGAAGAAUCACUACGAGAUUUGAGUGACCGACUCACUGGAGAGAAGACGCAGAUCGACAUGAUGGAUCGUCGUGCACGCGCUCUCCAGACCUCCACCGACUCGUUCGCUGUCGUUGCAACGGACGUUACUUCGUGCACACGGCUACUCACAGACGUGCAAGCCGACCUCGCAAGAGAAGAGGAGGAACUGGCAAAGGCGUCGAGGCAUCGAGACGCAUUGGCCGACCGGAGCAACAACGUUCGUGACGUCGAGCGACAGGAACGCCUACUACAGAAGCAACUCGGCAACAUCAAUGCCCGAACAGACAAGCUCAAGACAAAAGGCGACGAAGAGGCGGAGCGGGCCCGGAAGCGCAUGGAAGAGCUACGAGACACACACGCAAAAUUGACCGAGGAGCGAGGUGAAAAGGGCCGAGAAAUGGAGAGGCGGCGAGUACGCAUUGAACAAACGGAGAAGAAGAUGGCUGAACUCAAGGACAACAUUGAGAAUGAGGUUCAUUCUGCUCAUGACGAGUAUCUCAAGAUGGAGAGUCAUAUUAAGCUUUACAUUACAGAGAUGGAGCAGAGUAUUUGA